UGUCAUCAGGCUUUCAUUUAUUUGCAUAUGAGAUCUGCACCCCAAAACAUUUCACGUAGGACAUUUCAGCAAAGCGGCCCCAGUAAAUCUGUACCCAAUUGUGUUGAACAGGGGUGUAGCAUCACAACCUGCAAGUGUUUGAAGUCUACUUCCAAACACCACAUGGAGUUCAUAUCUGGGCCAUUAUCGAUCAAUUUUUGUUGACACAGACUUAAGACCUGCACUGGCUAUCUCUCCUCUAUCGUUCCUGAUACACAGUCAUGCUUCCCCAAGUGAUAGACCCCAAAAGCUAUUUAUUGCAUAUAACUCUGGGCUUCUGCAUUCUGAGUACAUUGCAAGCUACAAAAUCAGGGCAUGUAUCUGUACGCCAAGCUCCCUCUGAUGUAGUUUAUCCAGUGGACUGCAUUGUGUCUGAGUGGAGCCAGUGGUCAAGAUGUGACGUCUGUCAAAAAAAGAGGUAUCGCUUCAGCAGGCUCACACAGCCCUCACAGUUUGGAGGAGAGCCAUGCCAUUUUCAUGACAGAGAGGUGGAGGCCUGCACUGUCUCAGAGCGCUACAAAUGCAACAACAUCCCAGUGUGUGAGGGCUUCCUGUGCACCCACACAGGUCGCUGUAUUCCUCGAACCUUGCAGUGUAAUGGGGAGGACGACUGUGGGGAUAACUCAGAUGAAGCAGGUUGCAGGCGAGACAUCCACCCCUGCAGGGAGUAUGCCGAGGAGUACUGGGGCAUUGAAAACCUGGCCAAGGGGAUAAACAUCUUGAACAGUAAGUUGGAGGGAGUGGUGCUAGAUAACAGAUACUACGCUGGCAGCUGUCUUCCACACUACAUUCAAGACAAUAGAUUCAGGAAGCCCUACAAUUUACAGCAGUACACUCUUCAGACAAGAGGUUCCUAUGACUUCACCUUGCAGCAUUUUGACACAUACUCUAUGUUUAUGGAACACACCAUAAGGGAGCACUCAUCCAAAACCUCUGUCUCCAUUGGCUUUGCUAUUCCUGGUGUUUUUGAAUUUGGAUUUAACUAUGCUGACUCCAAAUACUCCAAAUCUAUAAGGAAGUUUCGCAGAGCAAGUGCCAAAACUAGCAGCUUCAUCAAGGCCAAAGCAGAACUGGAGUUGGCCCAGUACAUUCUUAAAUCUGAUGAACUGAUGCUCCACCCCGAGUUCCUGCAGCGACUUCGCUCCCUUCCACAGUCUUAUGUCUAUGGAGAGUACAGGCUGAUUUACAGAGACUAUGGCACCCACUACGUCACUGAGGCCGCGCUGGGAGGAACCUAUGAACACACCAUCAUUUUAGACAAACAGAAACUGGAGAAAACUGAUUACACUUUGGAUGACUACAAAAACUGCGUGCAGGUUGGCCUCAGAUUGGGUGCCAAUAUUAAAGGAGUGUAUGUAACCGGUGGUUUUGAAGGAGGAGGCUGUGAUGGACUGCUAAAUGAGAUGGGAGAGGACACCACUAAAGGGCGCAUGGCAGAGGAUUUUGUGGCUGUAGUAAAAGGUGGAAGCAGUGAAUCUGUAACUGCACUUGUCUCUAAAAAACUGCCUGAUCCAAAACUGAUGCAACUGUGGGGUCAAGGAGUACGUUUUAACCCUGACUUCAUUCGAAGAACAACCAAACCACUGUAUGAGCUGGUAACAUCCAGAGACUUCACUCAGAGUGAUAUCUUAAAGAGAAACCUGAAAAGAGCACUCUCCGAGUACCUCACUGAGGUCAGCCCGUGUAGAUGUGCCCUCUGUCGCAACAAUGGAGUUGCUGUGCUCAAAGGGACCAGAUGUGAGUGUAUUUGUCCAAAUGGAUACAGUGGAAGAGCCUGUGAGAUCACCCAGCGUCCAACAAAUCUAGGCAUUGACGGGAGUUGGAGCUGUUGGAGUGCAUGGUCAUCCUGUAGCGGAGGAAGGAUGAGCAGGGCCCGUCAGUGUAACAAUCCAGCUCCCAGCAAUGGAGGCAUGGCCUGCCUAGGUCUGCCACAGGAAUCUACAGAGUGUUUUUAAUACAUGUAUUUUCUUUAAUUA